AGCGCACCUCGGCCCAUCGCCACCAUUUCCGGGGGCAGCGCAAGGCAGCAGCAGCAGCAGCAAGCAGCAGCAGCAGCAGGAGAAAAGAACGAAGCAUUCAUUUUGCUGCCGUCGCGUUAGUUUCGCACAUUGUGCUGGGCAGAGAGACGCGUGUGUGUGUGCGUGCGUGCGUUCUCGUUCGUGUGCAAAGAAAAUUAGUUUCUGCGGGCAGCCCUUCCCCGACGCAGGAAACAAAGAAAAGUGCGAACAUUCGGUUUGGUUGGUCGGUGGUCCCAGGCGGAAUUGAAUGCGAAUGCGGGCGGAAAGCGUAAAAGUGCGUCGUUGUUGGCUGGUGCAGCCACUAGCAUGAGUGUGUGCACCCUCUUCCGCUCGGGAUCGAAAUUGCCUUGCAGUUGAGAUGUAUAAAAAAUGAAUGAAGGCGAUACGGCGGGAGGGCAACGUGGUCGAAACCAGGCCCUUCCUGCUGGAAUUGAUCGAAACACAUCAACUGCAACUAACACUGUCCAGUUACCUACUGGCACGCUCGAUUCCAUUACACCAAUGUCGCGCUCGUUAAAUGAAGACCAACAACAGCAACUGGAACAGUCUCAGCAACAGCAGCAGCAGCAGCAGCCGCAACACCACCAGCAGCAGCAACAGCAGCAGCAACAGCAGCAGCAACAGCAGCAGCAGCAGCAGCAGCAGCAGGGUCAGCAAAUGCAGCCUGCCGGCACACCGACGUCGUCGUCAUCGUCAUUGUCGUCACCUCACAAAAGCUUACCACAGCAGCAGCAGCAGCAGCAACCGUCUCCCAGCAGUAACGCUGCUGGCGGCAACGUAACGGUCGCAACCGAUGCAUCUAGUGUGCCGCUGUCGUCAUCGGCACCGUCUCAUCAUACCCUCCAGCAGCAGCAACAAAACGUCGCCAACAGUGCGAGCAGCAGCAGCAGCAGCAGUAGUGGUGGUGGUACCAGCAGUGGCAGUGUUGAGGCUAAUAAUGCUAACAUUACCAGUACGCCGGGUGGUGAACGAACAGGAAGUGGUCUCUCGGAAAGUGAAGGCGGAGGACGGGGAGGACGGGGAGGCGGAUCCAUCGCGAGCGGCGGCGUGGUGGAGGGCGGUCUAGUGCCAGCGAGUGGUGCAAGUGGUGGCGGUGGUAGUACAAGUGAAACCCCCGGCAGUGAGGAAAGUACGUUCGGUGUCGUGGUGGGCGAGAAAAGAGCAAUAGAGGAUAGUACGGGUAGUGUAACGGACGUGGCGGGCGGUGGUGGUGGUGGUGCUAGUGAGGAAGGAGGAAUCGUUGGUGCGAGUGGUGCGGUUGGGAAAUUGUACACCAAAACAAACACUACUGCGUCAACGUCAUCAUCAUCGUCAUCGUCGUCCUUUUCGCCGGUGGUUGCUGGUGGAAUUGCUGUCGGAGGGCAGGCGGCCGGAGGAACUGUUUCCGCUGCCGUCGCUGUUGCUGCUGCUUCUGUGUCGAACAAGCGCAUCAAGCUAGAAACGGAACCGGAACAUGAUAUCAGCGCGCUCAAGAAACUGAUUCUAGAGCACAAGUAUAUGCGAUUACGAAGUAUCAAAGAGAGAUACAAUGAGCAUGUAGCGGAACUGUUCUUUCUUCAAACCGGUGGCAAUAUGAUGGAAUAUCCCGUAUGGAGAAAGAAGCCACCAACGCCCGCGUUCACCAGCUUCGUUCGCUCGUACAAGCUGGAACCGUUGUCUAGCAAUCUGGAAGAGGCCGGCGAAGCGCUAAAGCAGCAGUCAACCCGUGCGCUGAGCGGAUUUUCUACCACGCCCGGAAGCACCAAUCUUGGCAGCGUCGUGACACCGGUGGUGGUGAGCGGCAAUGGUAGUAGUAGCAGCAGUGGUGGGGAUGAUACCUUAACCGGGCUGCCACAGGGAGCGGAAAUCAAAAUACCCGGUGUCGGUGCCACGCCGGUAGCCGUCUCGACCACACUUCCUGCCGCUGUCGCUCAGCUCAGCCAGCAAGGACAUGUGCCCGGUAGACCGCAGGGUGGUCGCCAUGGGAUGGUGUUUGGGCAAAUUAGCGUACCAUCCACACUAGGAACCUCUCCGCCACUGCUGGUGCCAGGUGGUACGCCGAUCAUUCCCGACCGGGUCGGUAUCGGCAUCUCGCCCGCCGCCGCAUCCGCCGUCGAUCGGAAAAGGCAAAUCUCCUCCGCGUCCAGUGCCCUCGGCGGGCAUAUGAUCAAGAGCGAACUGCUCGAAACGGCAAAUGCAUCGCCCAGUGUGACCACCAUUGGCACCAAUGGGCCGAACGUGCCGAGCGUUCGGCAAGGUGGAAGCCUCACCGGUGGUGCCGGCGGUAGCCGAGGCAGCGGCAGUACGGCCGGCGGCAGUAUUACCGGCUCAUCGUCCCGGGGGCUAAACAACGGCCAACAGAACGGUGCGGUUGGCAAUGGACGCGGCAACGCACUGUCGUCCGGGUCGUUGGCUGGGCAGCAGCAGCAGCAGCAGCAGCAACUCGGUGGAGGAGUGCCCGCCGGAACCAAUAGCAACGGUCCGCCGGACCAGUACACCAACAAAGCCCGGCAGGAGGUGUUCGUGAUGCAGCGCAUCCAGGAGCUGCAGAAGGAGGGCCUGUGGACGGAGAAGCGCCUGCCGAAGGUGCAGGAGCCGCCCCGGCCGAAGGCGCACUGGGACUAUCUGCUCGAGGAGAUGGUCUGGCUGGCGGCCGACUUCGCCCAGGAGCGGAAGUGGAAGAAGGCGGCCGCGCGAAAGUGCGCCCGCAUGGUGCAGAAACACUUCCAGGACAAGGCGCUGGCGGCGCAGCGGGCGGAGAAGGCCCAGGAGCUGCAGCUGAAGCGGAUAGCCGCGUUCGUGGCGAAGGAAAUCAAGACGUUCUGGUCGAACGCGGAAAAGCUGGUCGAGUACAAGCAGCAGACCAAGCUGGACGAGCGGCGCAAGAAGGCGCUCGAUCAGCAGCUUAGCUUCAUCGUGGACCAGACGGAGAAGUACUCGCAGCAGCUGGUCGAGGGCAUGAACAAGGCGGCACCGGUGCCGGGCGGUGCUGCUGCUGCUCUCCUCCCACCAGGGAGUAAGGCGGAAAGCCUGAACUCGUCGCGCCUUUCCUCCCCGCUGCGCGGUAGCGGUGGGCUGGCAGGCGGUUCGGACGAUGAGUUCUGCCCGGAGGCGGAAAGCUCGGACGAUGACGAGGAAACGAUCGCGAAGGCGGAGGCCGAGGCGGCGGCAGAGGCAGAGGAUGGAACCAAAGACGAGGUGGCCGCCCUGCAGAAGGAGUCCGAGAUGGAUUUGGACGAUUUUCUGAAGAAUCUGCCGAAGGACUAUCUGGAGAAUCGUGAUAAGAUCGUGCUGUCCGACUCGAACGACGGUGACGGUGACGGGGAGGAAGAGCAGGAGGAGGAGGAGGAGGAAGAAGAGGCCGAUGAGAAGAGGAGGAAGAAGAAGCAGGGUGCUACCAGGGAGGGGGAGGAGGAGGACGGAGACAAGGACUUCAGUGCGGACGAGGAUAGCAUGGACGAUGAGGAUACCAUCCGGGAGCAGGAGAAGAAGGAAAAGAACCAGGAUCACAAGAAGGAAAUCGAUGAGUUGAAUGCCGACAACGACUUGACCAUCGAGGAGCUGAUGGCAAAGUACAAAAAUCUUCCUCCCGCGGGCGAGCAGAUGGACAUCGAUUCGGAUGACGAUGCGGACGAGGUGCCGGCAGUUCCGGCGAACGAUCGCAAACGGCGACGAACGCGAAGUCAGCCCAUGUACGAGUCGUCGGACGAUGAGGACAAGGAGGAGGAGGACGAUAACGACGAAAGUGAAGGUCUGACAGGCUCGGACGACGAUGAGGAGGAGGAGGACGACGAUGAUAUUACCGAGGAUGAGUCGGACGAAAGCGAGGAAGCGAUGGACGCCGAAGAGGACGCAUUCGGGCUGAAGCAUUUGCUUGACGAUGAGACCGGGUCCGGCGAGACGGCUGCUACAUCAACAGCAGCAGGCUCCAGCGGGGCAUCGUCGGCUGCCAAAAGUCAAAGCGACAAGGACGAUAUGCUGAACGAUGCGGCUGCCAUCGCGGAAAGCAUCCAGCCGAAGGGUAACACGCUGUCGUCGACCAGCGUCGUGACGCCGAUACCGACGCUGCUGAAGCAUUCGCUGCGCGAGUACCAGCACAUCGGGCUGGACUGGCUGGUGACGAUGCACGACCGCAAGCUGAACGGCAUACUGGCGGACGAGAUGGGUUUGGGCAAGACGAUCCAAACCAUCUCGCUGCUGGCGCAUCUGGCGUGCGUGAAGGGCAACUGGGGCCCGCAUCUGAUCAUCGUACCGUCGUCGGUGAUGCUCAACUGGGAGAUGGAGUUCAAGAAGUGGUGCCCGGGGUUCAAGAUACUGACCUACUACGGUACGCCGAAGGAGCGCAAGCAGAAGCGCACCGGCUGGACGAAGGUGAACGCCUUCCACGUGUGCAUCACGUCGUACAAGCUGGUGAUACAGGACCACCAGAGCUUCCGGCGGAAAAAGUGGAAGUACCUCAUUCUGGACGAGGCGCAAAACAUCAAAAACUUCAAAUCUCAGCGCUGGCAACUGCUGCUCAACUUUCAAACCGAACAACGACUACUGCUCACCGGCACGCCGCUGCAGAACAAUUUGAUGGAACUGUGGUCGCUGAUGCACUUCCUGAUGCCGCACGUGUUUCAAUCGCACCGCGAGUUCAAGGAAUGGUUCUCGAACCCGAUGACCGGCAUGAUCGAAGGCAACUCCGAGUACAAUGAAACGAUUAUCAAGCGCCUGCACAAGGUAUUGCGACCGUUUUUGCUGCGGAGGUUGAAAUGCGAGGUGGAAAAGCAGAUGCCGAAAAAGUACGAACACGUGGUCAUGUGUCGACUGUCCAAGCGUCAGCGCUUUCUCUACGAUGACUUUAUGAGUCGAGCAAAAACGAGAGAAACGCUAGCAUCGGGCAAUCUGCUGAGCGUGAUUAACGUCCUAAUGCAGCUGCGCAAGGUGUGCAACCAUCCGAACAUGUUCGAGGAGCGACCGACAAUAUCGCCCUUCCGCAUGGAGGGCAUCAGCAUUAAGACGGCCUCGCUCGUGUACAACAUGUUCAGCUACGAUCCAUUCACUCAAAUUGAUCUGUCUUCCUUAAACUUAGUACUAAUUCAGCUGGAGCUGCUGCUGCCCGCGUACGUGGCGCACCGUGCGCAGCACCUGUGCAUGCCGAAGCGGCUGAUCGAGGAAAUCGAUUCUACCCCGCUGCCACCGCCCCGGUGUCCCACCGGGAAGCUGCGGCUGCACGUGCGCAUUCCCGACGUGCGCGUGCAGGAGUCGCUCGGCGGCAAUCGGGCCGGCGUCAGCAUCACGACGGGCGUGCGCGUCGGCACCAGCCCGGCGAUGAAGACUGAAGGGACAAAGUUUGUUCCGCUUGUAAAUCAUGAAGCAUCCCUAGAUAAGAAAUCAUCCCUCAUCGGUUCCGGCGGCAGCAGCAGCAGCACCAUCCAGUCGCGGGUCAUCGACAUACGGCGGCGCGGCUCGUCCACGGUGAUGAUGAUGAUGGGCGGCGGCAGUUCGGCGGGCCUCGAUUCCAGCAGUAUGGUGGCGGCGGCGGGCAGCAAUAGAAGCAUGUCGCCCGGGCUACUCCUGCGCAAGCGGAGCGACAUUGCCGGCGGUGGUGGUAUCGUGUCUAUGGCCGGUCCACUGCACCAGCAGCAGCAGCAGAACCGGUUAAAUGCGGGCCAGGUGGUGCAGAUCAUUCCUCAGGUGUCAUCGGGUGGUGGAAUCGGCACGAACGCGUCCCAGUCGUACAUCAUCACCGGGCGACUGCAGCCGGCAGCCGGUGGUAGCGGAGGUCAGGCCAUAUUCCAUCGACCCGCACUAGCGGCAGGUGGUAGCGGCGGUGUUAAUGUUUUGCCAACGCAGCGAAUAGCCACACACCAGUCGAUGGGAGGACAGUCGAGCGCCGCGGCCACAUCGGCGGCAGCAGCAGCAGCAGCGACAGUGAGCGGUGCCACCGCCAACCGGAUGGUACAGAACGUCGGCCAAAAGACGCAGAUCUCAUCGACGCUGGCCGCCACGAUCAUGAAGCAGCUAAAGCACUCGAAGAGCGUCGCCGGCAGUAGUGGGGACGCGGCGGCCAGAUCGGCGGAAGCGGCCGAAAUGGACGAACGGCAGCGCACCGAGUUCUAUCUGGCCUGCAUCGAGGAGUCGCGCAAGGAGCGGCGCCGGGAGGUGCUGGAGCUGCUCGGGCGCAUCAAUGCGAAGCGUUGCGAUGCGACCCCGAUCUAUGGGCGGGAUCUGCGCGAAACGUUGUGCGCUUUGAUCGAGGAAGAGUUCCGGCACCGGCCGGACGAGCUGAUUCCGUUCGGUGUCGCCAGCUCGUACCACACCCGGCGCGCAACGAUGGCACGGUGCGGCGGCGGCGGCGGCUGCGGUGGGACGAAAAACGGUGCGCUGUUUGCUGCCGCCAGCUCGUGCCUGUCGGAAGCGAUCAAAAGCAUCGAUCAGCGGGCGGGCGAGCUGCGUGCGACGAUCUCAAACUUUGUCCUGUUCGUACCGGCCGUGUGUGCGCCGACACCGUACCUGCAGGUGUCCCAUCCGCAUCCAUCCAAGCUGAACGCCGAGCAGCAGUGGGAGGCGACGAUGGCGGAGCAAAUCCAGCCAGCCAUUCAGCUGCUGCAUCCGAUUAUUUCCGCCAUGAGCACACAGUUUCCGGAUCCCCGCCUCAUUCAGUACGACUGUGGCAAGCUGCAAACGCUCGACCGGUUGCUGAAGAAGCUAAAAUCGGAAGGCCACCGCGUGCUCAUCUUCACCCAGAUGACGCGCAUGCUGGACGUGCUGGAAGCAUUCCUCAACUACCACGGCCACAUCUACCUGCGGCUCGACGGCACGACGAAGGUGGAGCAGCGGCAGGUGCUGAUGGAGCGGUUCAACAACGACCGGCGCAUGUUCGCGUUCAUCCUGUCGACCCGGUCCGGGGGCGUUGGCAUUAACUUGACCGGCGCCGACACUGUGAUAUUUUACGACUCGGACUGGAACCCGACGAUGGACGCGCAGGCCCAGGACCGGUGCCAUCGGAUCGGGCAGACGCGCGACGUGCACAUCUACCGGCUGGUGAGCGAGAAGACGAUCGAGGAGAACAUACUGAAGAAGGCGAACCAGAAGCGCAUACUGGGCGAUCUGGCAAUCGAGGGCGGCAACUUUACCACCGCCUACUUCAAGAGCUCCACCACCAUCCAGGACCUGUUCACGGUGGACAGUGCGGAGCAGGACGCGUCGGCCCGGCUGGCCGAGGUGCUCGACCGGGACCGCGAGCGGAAGGAGCGGUUGAACGCGAACCUUGCGACGGGCCCGGGGCAGCCGCAGCCGGCGACAGGCGGCGAGCCGGCGGUGGACAGCAGCAAAUCGGCCAUCAAUGUGUUCGAGUCUGCGCUGGCAGCCGCCGAGGACGAUCAGGACGUGCAGGCGGCUAAGUUCGCCAAGGCCGAAGCGUCGGCCGAUCUCGACGAGUUCGACGAAACCAUUCCGAUCGACGAGGAGAAGGUGGCGGCCGCCGGUGACGCCGAGGGCAAGGAGCCGGAGCUGAGCAAGGCCGAAAAGGAGGUGCAGAAUCUAAUUAAACAGUUGAGUCCCGUCGAGCGGUACGCGAUGCGUUUCGUCGAGGACACCGAAGGUACCUGGACUGCGGUGCAGUUGAAAGCGGUGGAGCAGGAGAUCGAGCAGCAAAAGCGCGACUGGGAAGCGAACCGCCUGGCGGAGCAGCGGCGCAACGAGGAGGCGGCCCGCAAGCGCGAAGCAGAAGAGCACGCCGACCUGCUCACCUUCUCCCGGGAGGAUGCCAAAAAUCAGAUAUGGAUAUCGGAUAGCACGAUGGAGAAGAUGCCGAUGUGGUGUCCCCCGACGCCCCCACAAGAUGAUAACGAUCUGUACGUGGAUCAUUCGCUGACGUUCCUGUACGACACGUCCGACAUCAUCCCGGAGGCGGAGCUGCCGCCCGUGUACAUCAAGAAGGACUACAAGCGCAGCCGCUCGGAGGCGGGCUUCUAUCCCGAUGGGCGCCGGCCGCCGAAGAUACGGCGCGAGGACACGUACUACGCGCCGCGCUCGCUGUUCGAUCGGCCCACGCCCCAGAUGGCCAAGCUGCGCAAGGAGUACAAGCUGCAGCGGUACAAGGGUAUCAUCAAGCCGUUCCCGCCGAUGCUGGCGAUGAAGCCGACCACGCUGCCGAUGAAGCCGCCGGUCGAGCCGGAGGGCGGCAUACCGGAGUGGACGGUGUACGAGGAUAUGGCGAUCCUGAACGUGAUACAGAACCUGCAGGGUUUGCCGCUGAACCUGAUGCUGAUCUCGCCGGGCCACGUGCCGAACUGGGACCUGGUGGCGGACAUUGUCAACCAGUCGUCGCGCACGUACCGGCUGCCGAAGCAGUGCCGCUACCGGUACGAGUCCGUCAUAAUGCCGCGCGAGGAGGGCAAGCUGCUGGAGAGCCCGAAGAAGCAGAAAAAGAACAAAAACCCGCAGAAACAGUCGCCCACGACGUCGUCGUCGUCGCCUCCCCCGCCAUCGAACGCCGCAGCCGCCGCGGGUUCGUCGCCUCCGAAGCAGAUACGGUCGAUGCGCACCGGCCAGCUGUACACGAGCGAUGCGAACAGUUCGUUCAUCAAGCUGAUGCGACAGAAGUUCGAGAACAUCCGGACGGCGUUCGGCAAGAAGCCGGUGCCGGGCAAAUCGUCGCUCUCGAGCACGCUGCCGGCAGCGCUGAAGAAUCCGAAGCACGCGCUCGUGCUGGCUAAGCACGGUAUCACCGGGUACGAUGCGCCGCUGACACCGGUCGAGAUAGCGACGCGUCGGGCCGAGCGGUACUUGAAGGAAAAGCACAAACUAACGGUCGCACAGGAGCAGCAGCAGCAAGCACAACUGCAGCAGCAGCAGCAGCAACAGCAGCAGCAAGCUCAGCAGCAGCAACAGCAACAGAACGCCCAACAGCAGCAGGCUGUUGGGGCUGUGUCGCAAGCAGGCACCGUCGUAACAACCAUCCAGCAGCAACAGGUGGGCACGACGACGGUGGUCGGUGUGCAACCGAUUGUAACAGCGCAGCAGGCACACAUCCAAACGGUCGUCCAGCAGCAGCAGCAACCAUCUGCCGCCACUGUGCAAGCGGUCACGGUAGCAACACCGGCCCAGCAUCUCAUUCAGCAGCAGCUGCAACUGCAAGCGCACGCCAUCUCGCCACAGCAACAGGCGACCACUGUGCAGGGUCAGCAAAUUGUAACCUCUGCGGCAGGGCAGCCAACGACGAUCGUUGUGUGCGGCGUGUCGACCAAUGCGACCCCAACCGUGGCUACGAUCAUGCAGGCGGGUCGGGUCGGCCAACCGGUAGUCAACAUCUGCGCCAGUCCCAGUCAGCAGCAGCAGCAGCAGCAGCAGCAGCAGCAAACACAGCAAAUCGUUAAAGCCAUCGUCGCAAGUCCGGCAAGUCAGAAUCUGCUUUCGCAACAGUUGGCACAGGUGGCGGCACAGCAGAGCGGCAACGCGCAGCAACAAGUCGGGCAGGCGGGCCAAACGCAACAAGUGUCGGUCGUGCUGACCACACCCGUCACUACCAUGUCGGGCGUAAACUCGGUCCAGCUGACGUCCCAGCCCCAGAUCGUAUCCAUCCAUCAGCCCGCAUCGUCGCAGCAGCUGCUGCAGGGUGGCGGUACUGCAACGAUCUCGCCCGCCUCACAAGCCACGUCGAUCGUGAACCAAUCGAUCCCGCAUGUCGUCUCGGUCGCACAGCUCGGCAGCGUGAUGACGUCGGGUGUGGCCAGCAGUGCUACGAUACAGCCGGCGCAGGUAACCACGCUGACGACGUCGGCACUGCGCGCCCAGCGCAUCGUUGCGCCGACCGGUACGCUGCAGGAGGUGGUGCUGCACCAGCGAUCGGGCUCCCAGAGCCCCACCGUCGUCAGCGUUAGCAGCCUGGGCGGUGGACUGACCCAGGCGCAGCUCCAGUCCGCCCAGCUGCGGCUUUCGAUGGCCGGCGGCCAGCAGGUGUCCGGUGUGGUGGCCAAAUCCAUCUCCGUCGGGACGGUGUCCAGCACCGGCAAGCCGGGCAACGCGCCGCAGAUACAAUUCUACCGCCAGCCCCCGAUGCGCCAGUCGGUAAAGGUGCUGCAUCCGGCGACGGCGGCCCAGGUCGCUACGAGCGGCGGAGCAACGGUGCUGCAAACGGCCUCCGGCCAACAGACGAUCGUCAGCCCGGCCAUCCUGCAGGGCAACAUCAUCCAGACUGGCACGGUCGGGCAGACGGUGCAGGUGCAGCAGGCAACGGCUGCUGGUGCGACCGGCACGGCCACCGCUGGUACGGCCGUGGUGCAAAAGGUGUCCGGCGUGACCACGGUCACCGGUGGCAAUGCGGUGACGCAGGUAGUUUCGGCCACCGGUGGCACGAUCGUGUCCCAAACGCCGACGGUGACCGGUGCCGCCGGCAGUACGAUUGCGACCGUGCAGAUGGUACAGGGACAGCCGCGCAUGCAGUACAUCAAGCAGCUCGGCGGUACGAAGCACAUGAUCACGCGCCCGGCAACGGACAACGAAAUGCAGCUCAUGGUGAAGCGGCAACUGAUCAGCCAGCAGCAGCAGCAGCAGCAGCAACAGCAGCAGGCCGCGCACAACAAACAGCAGCUCAUACCGCAGGCACAACUGUUUGCCCAGGCCGCCAACCUGCAGGUGCAGCAGGCGGGAACGUCCGGCGCACAGCAGAUGACGCUGGUCAAAACGUCCGGCGGUACGGUGGCGGCCACCGGGAUGACGCUGUCCCAGGUGAAGCCGGGCCAGCUGAAAACGAUCGGGGCCAGCCAGGGCCAGGUACGGCAGGUGCAUCUGCAGCAGCAAAUACUGACCCAGCAGCGCAAGGGCGCCGCGGCCGGCAAGAUGACGCAAAUCACGCACGUCGCCGGCAAGACGGUACAGCCGACGCAGGUGUUUCUGCAGGGGCCGAAAAAUAUUGCCUCCGGCACGACCAUGACGAUGCAGCAGGUGCAGCACGUCAUCCGUCACACGCACCAGGGCAGCCAGAUCGUGCUCGGGAAGACGGGUGUCAGCCGAAUGAUUCCCGUGUCCAUGUCACAGUCGCAAGGCCGGCAGGCGAUACAGGUGGUGUCAGCAACGUCCGCCGCCCAGGCAAUUGCAGCCGGGAAUAUACGGACGCACGUGCCGGGGCAGAACAUCGGCACGAUUAAGGUGGCGGGAGGGGCCACCUCGGCCCAGCAGCAGCAGGUGAUACUGAACGCUAUCCAAUCGCAACAAGCCGCCCGUUCGAAUGCUAGCCCGGUACGACUGCAAACCACACCCGGUGGAUCGCUGGUGGCUGUUACGGUGCAGUCUCCGCAACAGCUACAGCAGCAACAGCAGCAGCAGCAACAAGUGGUGGUCGGUACGUCUGUCACCUCCACACCGAACGUCGUGUCUCAGACGGUGGUAGGCGGCUCGGGUUCCACCGAUUCUAGCCAAUCGACAGCUGCUGGAGGCAGUGGUGCCGGUGGAAGCAGUGGUGGACCAGUCGCUCAAGUUGGUACGACCGCACAGCAGCAGCAAGUGUUAGCCAUGCAGCAGCAACAACAGGCCACUGCGCAGCAAACCGCUCAGCAGCAUAUUACUGUAAGCAGUAGUGCGACUGUCGGUGAUGGUGGAGUUACCGUGUCUACCGCCAGUGCCGGCCCGGCAGCGACCCAAGUGUCAUCUGCUGCGGUAGUCGUGAGCUCGGCGGCCAGCAGUGGAUCAAACACGGGUGCUGGUGCAACUAGCGCCACUCAGCCGGGGCAGCAACCGUCCCAGGUGAGUAUGAUCAAGAAGAAACAGUCACCGAAUGUUGCAAAGUAAAGUUGUAGGUGGAGAGUUAGGGUAAUUAUUUGAGGGUGAAGUUGUAAGCAUGUGAGAUUAAUGAUAAUUUAGUUUGUAAAAUUUAAGAAAACAAGAACAUCGGUAAAAGAGGAAGGUUUUGGGGACGCGUUGGUAGCGAAAAAAUAAAAUCGUUUCGAUUUUAAAUUAGUAAAAAAUCUAUUAGGAUAAAACUGAUCGCGAUCAUCAACCGAGAGAGAAAAAUAGAGAGGGAGAGUCGGUUCAUUCAUUCGUAUAACCGUUGUCCAGUCGGCAUGCAAUCCAUUAUCUUUUUAAUCAGAAGAAACCUUUCCAAAUAGAGUGUAUUGCUUGGAAAUUAAAACAUAACAGUUUCAUCGCGCUACAUACAAUUCUUAAUGGAUAGGAGAUGUGAUAUAGGCAUCUUAUCAUCCCGGGAGUACUCGUUAUAGUCCAGUUCAAUAGAUCCAUAGUUUCAAACUCUGUAAUUGAAUAUUCCUGACAUAUUCCUGAGUCUUGAAUGGGAAUUGAAGGAUCCAAGCAGGACAUCAGGUCUUCUCCAUAAGCUUGAAAUAAUUGUGGCUCACCAUUACAUAUUAUUUCUUGUGGUUCUUAACAGCACUUGCUGGUUAUUGUCAAACUGGACUUGUUUGUCUCUCGAAUUGGCGACUAUCUCCAAGAAUCUUAAAGAAUAUUCGGGUCGGGGUCCAACCAUGACCGUUAAUGGAUCCACAGUUUGCGUGCACUUUGGGAUUGUUUUACAAUCUCUGCAGUAGAUUAUACCACUGCUCUCGGGUUGUCCAGUUCUGUGGACUUCGCCAUUCUGCUGGCCAUUAAAGGAUUAAAGGAAACACUGCGACCACUCCGGAAUGGCAGUGUUUCCUCCACGAUCUCUACAAUGUUAGUCAAAUUCAUAAGUCUUUUUAAGCUUCUGGAUUCUUACAUUGCCUGCUUCUGGUGUUCUUCACAGCAUCUUGUCUAUAUUUUUGCCUCGGCACAGGAAUUGCAGUAUCAUCGAUGUGGUGAUAUAUUUUGUUCACAUCCUGAUAUCUUCCUUAAAUAGUCCUUAACAUGAUCCGAUUAGCAAUGGCCAGGAAAUUCAUUCCUUGGUAUUAAAAUUCGGUCCACUGAGUUUAUAAAUCUACAUCUUUAGCACAUAUCCUAGUGUUACAUUCGUUCCUCUCAAUCUAUUGUCGGAACUCAGCAUCAUGGUGAGGUGUGGGACUCAUCAUUAUCAUCAUCGCUUAUAGAUUUUUUUAUUUUGUAUUAUCCAAUACCAACUUCAGGGACUGAUUCCGGUAUCGCCACAUAUUAUCCGAGCUCCACAAAAGGCUGGAACUUUGGAAAGAUCCGUUCGUUGCAAUCAUGUUUGAGACACAUUUUUUUUCAGUGUGGAAUCCAAUGAUGAUUGACUUUCUAUUUGAGCCCACCUUUUGGGUCGCUUCAGCAAUUGCAACCAUUGUUUCAAAGUCGAUGUCAAUGAGUACGUCUCUAAUCCAUCGGUAAGAGUGUCCGCUAGGAGCUCGUUCGUAGGCUGGGAAUCCCCUUCCAAUAUCUCCAUACAUUUGCUCAUAUUCUGCAGCAUAGUUUUGGUUGCCAAAGUCGAGGUCAGUGAGAACGUCUCUAAUCCAUCGGUAAGAGUGUCCACUAGGAGCUCGUUCGUAGACUGGGAAUCCCCUUCCAAUAUCUCCAUACAUUUGCUCAUAUUCUGCAGCCAAGUCUUGACUAAUUACCACCGUUCUCGUGGGGUAUCCAAACUGGGAACAAUCUCGACUAAAUCGUGAUUGUGCAGGCAGUCGGGCUUGAGACACACAACCUUUUCCGUGUGGAAUCCAAUAAUAAUUGACUUUCUAUUUGGGUCCUCCUUUCGGGUCGCUUCAGCAAUUGCAACCAUUGUUUCAAAGUCGAUGUCAAUGAGUACGUCUCUAAUCCAUCGGUAAGAGUGUCCGCUAGGAGCUCGUUCGUGAGCUUUAUCCUUUCUGAGUUCCUUCAGGAACCUGGAGAUGUCGUCAGCUUGUGGCUGACUGCUUUUAGGCACUCGGCCCUUUCUCGCGUAGGCUGUGAACCCGUCGUUGUCCAUAACUUGAGGUGUUGAUGUUUGCACCUAAGCAGUCUGCACCGUCUUGUUCUCGAGCAGUCGCUUAAACUCUUCGUACAUUGUUCAAGCAUCUCACACAUGAUUGGGGCAUGCAAGUCAUCUUCGUGGAGCCGAAUGAGGCCAAUAGGUUCAAAGACUCUAUGAAUUGAAUCCAGUAUAUAUUGAGCUCCCUGAGCUUCCGAGUUAUUAAUAUCUUUCAUUUGUAAAUAGGAUAUGGUUGAUAGAAAAUGACCUCGCCUCAUUAUGACACAAAAUUCCUAUAAAUGAAGACAUUACUGACUUCAUUCCCGAGUGAUAAUUACUCUAGAAGUUCAUCAUAGUUGGGGUCACUGUAAUGGGGCACCGGACGUAUUCUAGCAUACCGGGAAUGGGUAACAUCGUAGAUGUUCAUAGAAUCGUCAUAAUAGUGUAAUUAAAUAUUGAAAUAAUAAAUAACUAAUAAGUAACCACGAACUAGAGUUCUACGUUUUUAACUACGGUACUCUUGUCCUGGGACUACGAAGACGCUCGUUCUCCUUUCUUCUUAAUUUCUUCACCCUGUGAGAAAGGAUUGGUAAGCUCUUCGUUUAUAUGGGAUGUCUCGAUGGUAUUUCGUCUAUUCAUGAGCUAAGGUCUGAUGCAUUCUUUUUCGCGCAGUUGCAUUUGGGAGCAUCUUUUGAACCAUACCCGCGUUGUUGUGUAGUAGCUGUUCGAGUUUUGUUAUUUUUAUUUUUAGGAUAAUCAUUCUAUUUGGAAAGCGUUUCCUUUUCCUGCGUAAAUUCAGUUCCAACCAGAUAAUAUUCCGACCGACACAACGUACAUACGAUGAUCUGAUCCUAUGGAAAUUCAAACAAUCUCUACUAUCUUUCGAUGACAUAAACACUUUACGACCGACGAUAAAGAUUGGAUGACAUUUUUCCUACCCACAAAUACUACCCUGGAACAACUCUCGGUUCGAUAGGAUGCGUUCAGUGUGUGUGCUUAGUGUGUAGUUUUACUUAUUUUAAUGAAAUUGAAUUGAGCUUUAUUUAGAACGGCGAUCAGAGAAUGCGCCAGUUAGCAUAAGAGAUUUUGUUGUAAAUAGUUUAGACAAAAAUGUGCAAGGAAAACGGGGAUAUGGCGUAAAAAACAGAAUCUUAUCAUCGUACUAUAAUUAGGAGAAGAGAACCCCUCCUCCCCCCCCCCCCCCAUCAUUAUCGGCAAGAUAAUGUUGCAAAUGGAAAGCAAACUAGAAGCUUCUUACCCGCUAACAACGAAACACGAAGGCAUAUUUUUGAUGCUGUUAUCAAAUUACAACGCUACGUUUUUGCGUAAAUAGUAAGGUGUGUGUUCUUUCAAACAAAAAAAAAAGGAAAAAAAGAAAAGACAAACAAUUACGUUUUCUCUUUUUAUAUACCUUCCCCCGGGUUCAUGCGCAACAAUAUUAUACCAAGUGUUCAUUUGUAAUAACGUUACGAUCAAUCAUCUUUCGCGCAUCGGUUUCGGUGAGUUGUAAAUUGUACAUUAAGCUUUAGCACACGUUCUACAGCGGAAGAAGCGUUCAUGUUCUUCCUUUUUGUUUAAAUACUGCUCUUUAUUUAUCGCCAUAGUUAGUUUACAAGACAGCGCCGACACUAGCGAGAUAGCGCUGGAGCGCGCGUUCUACUUACAUGAAAAUAUGCAUAAAUGAAAACACACAAGGGAAUAUGUUUAUACUAGGUGUAGUCUGUCGUAAAGUAUUAAUAGUAAAUAAUUUAAACAACAACAAACAAGCAAGGAUAUAAUACAUCAUUGUGUGACGAUAACACUCCCAUCGCGGGUGUGAUCGGGGUGAAUAAUCCCCCUACUAUCUCUAAGGGGGUGUGUGUGUGUGUGUGUGUGGUGUAUUCAAACAGCGAUAUACCCGCGCAAAGUUUGUGGUCGGUGUGGGGAGGAAAGUGGAGUGAAAAUAAAAGCAAAAAAGAGAAGAAAAAAC